UGCUCUUUUUCUCGUCUCAGUCCAACACCUUUGUGCGCCUAUCUGCGGAUAUUCCUCCUCUCUCCGAACCAUGUACUCUUUCACCCCUUCACCUCUUUUGUGCGCUUCAUUGGGCCCCCAAAAUGUGCCUUGUCCAGAGCGACAUCAGAUGACAAUCGUUCCUCCCCCACCAGACCAGACAUUAAUGGACAGACGAAGGGCCACCCUUGCAAACCUUGCGAAACCUUGCGACGGCCACCUCGCCUUCGCAAUGGUACGGAGUACGGAGUAGUCGCAGCAUGUUCCGCCAAGCUUCACCUUCCCUCAUCGUAUCCUCUGAUAGACGGCCACAGACACGAUAUCUUAGGUGCCUUACAUCAUACCAAGAAGUCUAGUCCACGUGCCUUGCUUUCCAUUUCCCAACAUUACGCAUACACCAACCGCAUCGCAUUCGACUCGCCUCGCUUGGCCGCGCUUUCAUCCGCCCAAGCUGUUUGUUUACCAUUGUCUUCCAUCACUGUCGUCACUGGCUUGUUUCCGCUAUCCAGCAAAAGAAGCGAACAUGUCAAACACACCAAACAACGGCCAGAAUGCCCAUGGAGGACAUUGGAUGGAUUGACUCUCUCAAUGCCUGUGUGGUCUUUCCCUGGCCUGUCAACACCCACAGCCAAUCGCGCAAUUCCGCACCUCAUCCACCUGUUCUCCCAAAGUGAGCCAGUCAUUUCUUCUCCUCCUUUUACCGACUUCUCCGACGUACAAUGUACAGACAGUUCCAACUCUAAGGUAGAGAAGCGUACGUGGUCUGCAGUGUCACGUGUGGGACCGCUCCCGUCUCGACCUGCCCUAUCGAAAUUCAAACGCUGAAUGCUAAACGCCAAGAAAAAUGCGUCUCCUCAGCUUCAUUGUGGCCAUUGGAGCCGAGAGACGUAUGCCUGCUCGAGCCCAAGUAUCCGAAUGUGCAUCGGGAUACGAAUGCAUACUCCCCAAUAGUCCACGCGGUAAGAAUGCGAAGAAAGCACCAACCAACGACAGAAGCCCAAACAUUGUCGACGUAGUGGAUCUCUUCUGGGCUCGUCUGCUACGCCGAGACGAGCCUGCAUUGCAAUUCUCCAUCCUCUUACAAUCCCACGUUCACACGAUAGCACGAGCAGCCACUCAGCUCAAAGAUACCAUCACUCUAUCAAGGAAUGGAGAACGGCCAAGUUUCAGCAAUGUACACGCCAUGCCAGGAAAGCCGGUUGCAAACGCCCCGGCAAUUGCUGCCACGUAUCGCCCAGUUCGCUCUAGACCAUGA